AGGGAGAAGAUAUUUUGCUUUUCCCAUCACCAUACAAUACACAAUCAUACAAAUAUAGUAGUAAUAUCUAUUGCACACACUCUAUCCAAAAAGAAAAGACAAGUAGAAACACAGACAGCAGUCUAUUUAUUCAAAUGACUAUGCAAUAAACCAACCAACCACCACUGACACCCAAUCUUCAAACUCAACUCAUCCCUUAAACUCUUCAACUUUUACAUUUUUCUCUCUAUCACUCACUCUUGUGAACUUAACAACAACAAGAAGAGAAAAAUGGUUAAUAUGAAUAUUACCUUUGCAACACUACUUCACAAUAUCAAAUCCAAAAAGUCAAACUUAUUGUUGACCAAUCUUUAUUUUAUCACCUUUGCAACUUUUCUCUGCACCUUCUUUUACCUCUUUGGUCUCUGGCAUCACUACCCUUCCACCACCGUUAUCUCCGCCACAGGUUAUACAACUACCACCACCUCCGCCGGAGCUUCCUCCACAUGCUUCCAGCCUGACAAUACCACCGAAGCCAAAUCAUCACCAUCACCACCACUACCAUUAUCAUCAUUCGUCAAGCUAGACUUCACCGCCAGUCACCAUCUCCCUGAUCCACCACCAACGACAGCGCGUGUAUCUCACCUCCCUCCCUGUGAUUCCUCUCUCUAUGAAUACACUCCCUGCGAGGAUCAGAAACGGUCCCUGAGGUUUCCUAGAAACAAGCUUAUAUACCGGGAGAGACACUGUCCGUUGCCGGAGGAGAAUCUCCGGUGUAGGAUUCCAGCGCCGUUUGGUUACCGGUUGCCGUUGCGAUGGCCGGAGAGCCGUGACUCGGCUUGGUAUGCUAACGUACCGCAUAAGGAGUUAACUGUGGAGAAGAAAAAACAGAACUGGAUCCGGUUCGAAGGAAACCGGUUCAAGUUCCCCGGAGGCGGAACCAUGUUUCCACGUGGCGCAAGCGCGUACAUUGAUGAUGUUGGGAAGUUUAUCAAUCUCAAAGACGGGUCUAUCAGAACCGCUAUCGAUACCGGUUGUGGGGUUGCAAGUUGGGGAGCUUAUCUUCUGUCACGUGACAUAUUAACAGUGUCGUUUGCACCAAGAGAUACUCAUGAAGGGCAGGUUCAGUUUGCUCUUGAAAGAGGUGUUCCUGCAUUGAUUGGAAUUCUUGCUUCAAUCAGACUUCCUUAUCCUUCCAGAGCCUUUGAUAUGGCUCAUUGCUCUAGGUGCCUCAUUCCAUGGGGCCAGUAUGAUGGAAUGUACUUGACUGAAGUUGAUAGAGUACUGCGUCCGGGUGGAUAUUGGAUUCUGUCAGGGCCGCCGAUAAACUGGGAGAGACACUGGAAAGGAUGGGAAAGGACUAAGGAGAGUCUCAAUGAUGAACAAGAUGCAAUUGAGAAUGUUGCGAAAAGUUUAUGCUGGAAAAAACUGGUACAGAAAGGUGAUCUUGCUAUAUGGCAGAAACCAACCAAUCAUAUGCAUUGCAAAAUUAAAAGAAAAAUCUUCAAGACCCGACCCUUCUGUGAUGAGGCACAGAAUCCAGAUAUGGCUUGGUACACAAAACUAGAUACCUGUUUGACGCCACUGCCAGAGGUAGACAACGUAAAAGAAGUUGCUGGUGGGGAGUUAUCGAAGUGGCCAAAGAGACUAACUUCAAUUCCCCCAAGGAUUAGUAGCGAAAGUUUGAAAGGAAUAACAUCAGAGAUAUUCAAAGAAAACACUGAGUUAUGGAAAAAGAGAGUGUCGCACUACAAGACACUGGACCCUCAGCUAGCAGAACAUGGAAGAUAUAGAAAUAUUCUUGAUAUGAAUUCUCACAUGGGAGGCUUUGCAGCUGCACUAGUUGAUGAUCCUGUGUGGGUCAUGAACAUUGUUCCUGUUGAGGCUGAAAUCAACACCCUUGGUGUCAUCUAUGAACGUGGACUCAUCGGAACCUAUCAAAAUUGGUGUGAAGCCAUGUCCACUUAUCCUCGAACUUAUGACUUCAUACAUGGUGAUUCAGUUUUUAGCCUCUACCAGAACAGAUGUAGUAUGGAGAACAUUCUUCUAGAGAUGGACCGGAUUUUGCGGCCGCAAGGUGGUGUAAUUUUGCGCGACGAUGUAGAUGUGUUGACGAAGGUGAAGAGCAUUGCAGAUGAAAUGCAGUGGGAUGCAAGAAUUACAGACCAUGAAGAAGGGCCUUAUGAAAGAGAAAAGAUACUUGUAGCAGUCAAGCAAUACUGGACAGCUCCACAAGCAGAACAAUAAUAACUAGUUUGCUCAUAUUCGUGUCAAAAUUUUCGUAGGAAUUCAAUUCUUUCAUAGCUCAAAUUUUGCUAACGGUGCUUAUAAGUGAAAUUUGUUCAUUAAAUUAUGGCUCCUUAACAUUCUGAGGCUCAUUUUUAAACUGUUUAAAUAUAAAAGUUAAGUUUGUAAA